UUUUAACUUAAAAGAUGCAAUGAGCUCAAUGCAGAGAGGGACGAAACGUCAGACUGUGGACAAGGACGGAUGGGGAUCUCGGGGAGGCUAUAUGAAUGCCAAGAAACAGAAACUUCAGGAACAGUUCCAGGAAGAAAAGCCUGUAGCCCAAACUGAAGAAGGGCAAAGUUCAAAUAUAUUCCAUGGAGUAGCUAUCUUUGUAAAUGGAUAUACAAAUCCAUCAGCCAACCAGUUAAAGCGUCUUAUGAUGCUUCAUGGCGGGAAGUACAUCCACUACCUGUCCAAACUCUCAGUCACCCACGUCAUAGCGUCCAACUUGCCGGACAGUAAGAUCAGGGACCUUAAGGUACAGAAAGUGGUCAGGCCAGACUGGAUUACAGACAGCAUCAAGGCAGGCAAACUGUUGUCACAUGUGCCCUAUCUUCUGUAUACAGCCAGAUCAAAGCUACAGCCAGCUCUCAGCUUCUCCAGUCAUGCAACAUCCUCCACACACCAGCCUCACUUUGGAAAUGAGGCUGUCAGUAACAACAACUCUAGUUGCCAGUCUGCAUAUAACUCAAGAUUGGAAACUGAAAGCAAUGGAAAUUCUGUCAGCAGUAGUAAAACGAAACACUAUUCAAGUUCUAGAAAUGAUCUUUUUUGUGAAGAAGGUUAUCUUUCUGGUUGUACUUCGCUAUCGCGACAUUCACCAAUUAGGAACUCUAUUUCACCUGCCACAAUUUCGCAUCAUUCUUCUAUCACAGAAUCUGUCUCAGUUGUUAAAAAAUUACCUGAUUUUCAUCAUGGGGCAGCUCAACCCUCCAUGUCUGAACAAAAUCUUAAUAAGGAGCUAUCAGAUUCUGGAUCAAAGCAUUUCAAGUCUACAACACUAAUGAGAGAGAAGGUCUCAGGUCAAAGAGACAGCUCUGGAGAAGCAGCAAGUUUUUUAAAAGACAGCGCAUUCCACAUUCCACCUCCUAGGAGGACAGUUGAUGUCAGCCGUGCUCAUCCAUUUUUGAAAAACUCCGACCCAGUUUUUAAAGAUUUAUCAUCAACAUCGUCCGUGUCAUCACUAUCAUCAGCAGGAACAUCGUCACCAAUGCCUGCAUCAACAUCACCAUCAUCAUGUUUGUUACAAACUUUAAACAAAGGCCCAGAUGGAAAUAAUGCCAGUUCUACUACUCCACCAAAUACAAAUCAACAUGUUCCAGAUAAAAGUGCUCAUUUUUCUGGACCCUUCAGAAUGUCAGACAAUGUUGAAAGAUCAGCCAGUCAGCAGAUUUCUCCUUCCAGAAUUCUAGUCAAUGCUCAAAGAUCAAGUUCUAAUGUACAGCCGUUCUCUGUGUCCCCUCAGUCCAAAAUCUCAGAAAGUGGUCAAGGGUCUGGUGGUAGUGGUCAAACUUCUGGUUCAGGUGGCCAGCUGCACCCUUCAUCCAGUGUGGCCAGCACGGCCAGAAGUGGUCAAGGGUCCAGUAGCAGAGGGCAGUAUUCCCCACAUUCCCGUAUGUCCAAGGCUGGCGAGGCAAACUUUGUUGCAGAGUUCUACAGUCACUCUCGCCUCCACUAUUUGUCAACUUGGGGGGCAGAGUUCAAGGCUUAUGUUAAUGAGCUACAAAGCAAAAGCUGCGAUUUUCUGGGGCGUGCUCAUCUGAAGGAGAUGAUGCAGAAAAGAAAGAACGGUACUGAUGCAUCAUGGGAUAUUGCUCUUGAUCGUCUUUCUGUGUCUUAUGGUGAAAAGUUGUCCUCUGAAAUUUGUGAUAUUAGUGACAGUGGAAUGGGUAUAAAAAAGUUCAAUAGUGACAAAAUCAAGCAGCUCAGUGAGGAAUCAGGGCGGGUUAUAAUGCACAUUGAUAUGGACUCAUUUUUUGUGUCAGUUGGACUGAGGAAUAGGCCAGAUUUAAGUGGAAAACCUGUAGCAGUCACACAUUCCAGAGGAAAGGGGGUCCCUGACAAGUCAGAAAAAGACGUUGAGAAAGAAUUCUCUCUUUGGCACAAGAAAAAAGAAGAGAGAAUGAGAAAAAAUAAAAAAUCGGGCAUUCAACAAUCCAGUGAACUCGAUUCCCAAACGAACCUGGAUGAUGAUCUUGAUACUGACCUUGGUGAGGUACAAGACAAGCCAGGUCCAGUUCAGCAAAGCAGCGAAGCAACCUUUCAUUCCAUGGCUGAGAUUGCAUCUUGUAGUUAUGAAGCAAGGAAGGCAGGAGUGAAGAAUGGUAUGUUCAUGGGUCAGGCCAGGCGGCUGUGUCCAGAGCUAGUCACCAUACCCUAUGACUUCGAAGGCUACAAAACGGUGGCCCAGCAACUCUAUGAUAUCAUAGCAAGCUACACUCAUGACAUAGAGGCUGUAAGUUGUGAUGAGAUGUAUGUUGACUGUACAGAACUGCUGCAGGACACUGGGGCCUCACCUGAGGAACUGGCGGCCAUUGUAAGACAGCAGAUUAGAGAGGUCACCAAGUGCAAUGCCUCGGCAGGACUAGCGGGUAACAUACUACUUGCCCGGAUGUGUACAAGAGUGGCCAAACCAAAUGGUCAGUUCUACCUACCCCCUGAUCAAGUGACAGACUUCAUGAAAACGCAGUCCAUACAAGAUAUCCCUGGUGUGGGCAGGUCAACCUCCAGCAGACUAAAGUCCAUGAACAUUCAGACGUGUGGUGACCUUCAGAAAGUCUCCCUGUCCACUCUGCAGAAGGAAUUCGGCCCCAAAACUGGCCAAUCACUGCACAGGUUUUGUCGGGGCAUAGAUGAUCGUCCAAUCAAAGUGGAGAAGGAAAGAAAAUCCGUCUCUGCUGAGAUCAAUUAUGGGAUUAGGUUCACGAAGUGGGAGGAAGUGGAAAAGUUCUUAUAUGAAUUAGCAGAGGAGGUUCACAAUCGCAUGUCAAAGGUCAAGGUGAAGGGCAAAUGUAUAACAGUGAAGUUGAAGGUCAGGAGCCAGGAUGCUCCUAAAGAGACUGCCAAGUUUAUGGGACAUGGAGUAUGUGACAACCUGGCCAAAUCUGUCACCUUGGCAACCGUCACUGAUGAAGCAGAUCUGAUUGGACAAGAGAGUGUCAAACUUGUACGUCAACUUAAGAUUGAUGCAGAAGAUUUCAGAGGGAUAGGAAUCCAGGUAAGCAAACUGGAAGACAACAGUGGCAAAUCCACAGUGAGGGGUGGGAAACAAAGCAUAUUAGCUUACACAAAACAGUUACCAGGACCUGGGCAAGAUGGCUCUAAUGUCUCAGGUACAUCAAGACAGACCAAAGCUGAAGUUACUGUGGACUCAGGAACGAAAAUGGCAGAGACACCUGACAUGUUUGAGUUGGCAAGAAGGAAGACUGCCAAGGGUGUCCUUCCCCCUCUCCCCAACCUUAAUGUUACUGUGACCACGGCCCGUGCUGUACAGGCUGAGGCAGAGACCUAUCUGCCGUCCCCAUCUCAGGUGGACCCUGAGGUACUGAGAGAGCUGCCUCCAGACAUUAGAGAGCAGAUAGAAAAUCAGAUCAAAAGCCACAAAGAAAAAGCCACUGCAGCUGCGUUUACCCAGAAUGCACCUCUUGCCAAGAUGGCAGCAGAGAAUGAUGGAGAACCUUUACCAGGCUGUUCACACUGGAGAGUGCCCACUCCACCAAGCACCGAGUCUACGACCAAGAAUGACACCAGAGAUAAAACAAACGUUGAUAGUGAUGAUGCAGAGAAGAGGCCCAGGCAUCUGUCUGGUCCCAUUGUCCCUCUUCCCUCUCUGUCUCAGGUUGAUAUGAGCUGUUUUGAUGCUUUACCACCUGAAAUGCAAAAGGAACUGAAAGAUGCCUAUGAAAGACAAGAAAAGAAACAGCAGCAGCAAGAGCUGUUGUCAAAACAAAAGUCACCAACUAAAAAUUCCUCACCCAACAGAGCUGGAAAGAAAAAGGGCAGCCCACUCUUCAAGGUCCCCCAUGGGAAGCCAGGCAAACACAAAAAGCUCAGCCCAAAGAAGCUGAAUUUUGCCAAUCAGCCAAAGAUCAGCAGUGUGAUGAAUCAACCAGCUAAGGGUGUAGUAAUGGAACAAACCAGAAAUCAGAGGAACAACAGUAACAACACACCAGGUGGCGUGGGGUCAGUGCAAACAAAAGGGGUCACUGUGGAGCAAGACAAGCCUGCUGUUAAUCUCUGUGGUGCAGUGACAUGGUGUGAAGUUAAAACUCUACUGAUGGAGUGGGUGCAAUCAAUGACAGCUCCAGUUGAAGAGGACUUGGACAUAAUUGUGCAAUAUGUUUCUGAACUUGUGGAGGACAAGAACUUGGAGAUGGUGGACCUGACAUUGAAGUUUCUAAGAAGACAAGUCCAGAAAACUGCAUCUAAGGAGUGGAGUAGCGGUUUCCAAAAUGUGCUCCGUAUGGCUCAGCUGGUGGUCCAGGCUUUCUACGGUAGCUCCCUCAAGUGGGAACAUUUAUAAUAAUAGCUGGCCACCAGCUCUAAAACAUAUAGACAUGAAGUUCACAUAGCAUCAUAUGUAUUUGUUGAUAAACUUAUCUCCUUUGCUCCUCCUGGAGCAUGAGGUGAGGCAGAUAAUAUUCUGCCUGGAAUAAAACAAUAGAGGCCAGCACUGCAUACCUAUCUUUCAACUAUAGGUGGCAGCACAUUUAAUCAAUUCAGUUUUCUUAUCCAAAGAUAUUUAAUAAAAAUAAAAGUAUGAGCAGCAUUGAAUUUGUACUGCCUUUUGAACAGCAUUACUGUUUACAAUGGGAAUAUUCCACAUUCUGUUUAAGUUUCCAUGGAAUAAAAGAUGGAAUUUAAAUUU